CAACUCCACACAGUCAUUAUUUCCAUAUCGCGUUGCUCUCACGCCCACUGAGAGAGGGAGCAGAGAGCUCAUCCGGUGCAUUGAGGGACGUCCAGGUCCUCAUCUGAGCUCUGUACAGCAUCAGCACCAGCCGCUGCGUGAGAAACAAACCGAGUCGCAUCCCCGCGGAGAGCAGCUCCGCGUGCGCUUCAUUCAAUCUGGAGCGUCAGAUGGUGCAAGAUGCGCCGCUUCUUUGUCCUCCUCUACACCCGGACUGAGCAAGUUAACACUGGAAGGGACCAAUAGUAGUUGAGGGAUCCGAGAAGACACGUUUGAGCUGCACUGAAAGGCUCUUGCAGGACGCGCGCUUGGAUUAUUGUCCUCAUAUCAUCACUCCCGUGGAUUUCCUGCUGGAAAACUAAACACGCGCGUCGCGGCUUCCUGAGAAAGAAAACGAGUCAUAGUUGUUUAAAACGUGUUAAUUCGGCUUCUUUCUCGCGAGGGAGGAGCAAUGAGAGCGUAAACAACACUGGGUGGCUUUGUUUCUCAGACACAGACCCGAGGAAGAUCACAUUGACAUGUCUUUCAGUGCUGGAUUUGGAGAUACCGUUAUUUCUCCACUAACUUAGGGAAGUGUUGUCCGUGUCUCUUUGACUUUGCGUUACACCUCAAUUCUACUUUUCUAACAAACACAUGCAGUUUUCUUCAUAUCUUCUCCAUACACGGUGGAGUGCUUGGGAUGCUUUCAUCGGAAGGGCGUAUUUGAUUCGCGUCUAUCGCGUUUGGAGUGAAGAAAGAUCCAUUUAAACCCGUUGCCUGGGCAUCAUUUUGUGGAGUUACAGCGACCCACGUGGAAACACGGACUCGAAGGAGGACAAGAUGGGCUGUUGCAGUGGUAGAUGCACGCUGGCAUUUAUAUGUGGCAUGCAAUUGAUCAGCAUCUUGGAGCGACAGAUAUUUGAUUUCCUUGGAUACCAGUGGGCUCCAAUCCUCACAAACUUUGUCCACAUCAUCACAGUGAUUCUAGGACUCUUUGGAACAGUACAGUUCAGACCGCGAUAUGUGACCAUGUAUGCGGUUUGGUUGGUGCUGUGGGUCGCCUGGAAUGUCUUCAUCAUCUGUUUUUAUUUGGAAGUGGGUGACCUUUCAAAGGACACAGACCUGAUUAUGACCUUUAACAUCUCCAUGCAUCGCACCUGGUGGAUGGAGAACGGCCCGGGGUGCAGGGUGACCCCCGUGACCCCUCCUCCCUCCUGGGCCCCGGAGGACCAUCGCUACAUCAGCAUCGCCGGCUGCCUGCUGGAGUACCAGUAUGUGGAGGUGGCCCACAGUUCCUUGCAGAUUAUCCUGGCUCUUGCUGGGUUCAUCUAUGCCUGUUAUGUUGUGAAGCUCAUUUCAGAAGAGGAGGACAGCUUUGACUUUAUAGGAGGGUUUGAUUCAUACGGUUACCAAGGGCCACAGAAGACAUCGCAUUUGCAACUACAACCAAUGUACAUGUCAAAGUAAAAGGAUAACUGCCUUAUCAGCCAGUCAAAAUGAUGAACUGAUGUUUGAACUUGUCUUUCUACGUAAAUGUCUUAACAUGAUAGUGUCUUACGGACUGUCGGAGGAACACGGAACCGACGCUUUAACCUCAAAGACUCGAGCAACCGAGUGGAUUUUCUUUGUCUACGCCCAGCCCUUCCUCCUCCAGAGCUCGAGAGAGCCCUCGUGUGGCCGAACCCCCUCAGCAGACUCUCGUCUCUCGGCCAUUAGCAGUGCAAAACAGAGGAACAGAUUGCAUCGAUGUCUGCGGACAGAUCUGCAAUAAGAAAGACUUGGAAUCGUGCAAUGGACCGAACGGAUAUAGUGUCAGUGUGUCCGACUGACUUUCACGGAAUCCAUCCAUCCAUCCAUCCAUCCAUCCACCCUUAAAGAAUGUUCAUUAACCAGUCAGUAUAUUAGUUAUCUAGUCCUACAGUCUUUCAAAUAGUAAAUGGAGUGGAGAGUCGUUAUUCCGGUUGUUUACAACGGGUUAUUCCAAGCAUUGGGAUUACCUUCGGUGUUUAAUUGCAACCCAAGUAGUUUUUCUUCUCUCUCCUGGAUGUACUCGUCUUGAAAGUGCCAAGAACAGUUAAGAAAAAAACGAAGACAAAAAAA